AUGGCUGUCAGGGCGGCCGUGGCGGCGUCCAUAGUAGCGGCAAUGCUGAUCACGGCGGCGGCGGCGGGCGAAGAGCUGAGGGACGUGAAGCAGGCAGCAGAUGCGGUGUAUUUCUCCAAGAGCACAGAAGUAGUCGUGAUGGGAUGCUUCGACCAGCGAGAGGGGAGUGACUGGCAGGUGUUCCUGCAAGUAGCUCGAGAGCUGAACCGAUAUGGCGGCGUUGGAAUUGGAUCCACCAUAACCAAAGGAGUUUGGUCAAGAUACCUUGAAUCUGAGGCAGACAAGUUGCCGGCUGUGGUUGUUUGGACUAGCUACGAUCCGGACACAGGCAGAAUUCGGAAAGGGAAGAAGACGAAACUGAUCUUUCCAGGUCCAUUCAAGUUUGAAUCUUUGUACAAAUUCUUGGUGAGAGAAAGUCUUCCCCUCGUGCUUCGCCUCCCUGCCAACGACGGGGCUGACUUUCAAAAACGACAAAUGCUGGGAAUGCACAGCGGUUUUCCCAAGCUCUUUAUCUUCAUGAGCAAAAGAGAAGUGGAGCCGGACUCAGUCGCAGAAGUUGCUUUGCAGCACAAGCAGACCACCAUCUGCGUCUACUACAUGGUGGACCCCAAGAAUGAGGAGGACGAGGGGACGCAAGUCAUGAAGAGCCUGGGGCUAGAGAGUGCCAGUCUGCCAGCUGCAGCCAUCGCCUCCUCGGCAUCUGUGAAGGCGUUUGACGGAGACUUAACCAAGUCGGAGGGGCUGUCGCUUUUUGUGAAGGAGUUUCUGCAAGGUCAAGAAGAGUUCGUUCCCCAACCAACAGCACAAGCUUCCAAGGGCGACAGGAAUAAGAAGAGCAAUGCCAGGAAAAAGAAAGCGAAAGAGUUGUAA